GACCUCCUUUUUCACCUUCUUCACCUUCCCGAAGUCAUCUUCAAACAACAUGCCAGAGAGCACUUUGAAGCAUAGAAGCUUGCAGGAUGAUAACACCACUGCCGAUCAAGACUUGAUCAUCGAACAAGACUGGCAGUUGCCUGAAUUUUCCAUUAAGGAAAUUCGUGAUCAUAUCCCUAAAGAACUUUUCAAUAGGGAUUUGUUGCAGUCCUCAUACUGGGUUAUGCACGACAUAGCCAUCGUUGGUGCCUUGUUCUAUGCUUCAACUUACAUUGAUUACCUGCCUACCAAGUUUCAAUGGGUUGCAUGGCCACUCUACUGGUUCUUGCAAAGUAUCGUCGCUACUGGUAUCUGGGUAUUGGGCCAUGAAUGUGGUCAUCAAGCUUUCAGCGAUUACAGGGUGGUAAACAAUGUUGUUGGUUGGAUUCUUCACAGCUUUUUGUUGGUUCCUUUCCACUCAUGGAGACUCUCCCACUCCAUGCACCACAAGAAGACCGGCCAUAUUGAAGAAGAUGAAGUCUUCUUGCCCAAGACCCGCUCUAUGGCAAAGCUGCCCAAGCGUGAAAACGAUCCUGAAGGUGACGGUCCUCAUUCCAUUUUUGAGGAUGCUCCUCUUUAUGUCAUUUUCCACCUUUGUAUCAAGUUGUACUUCGGAUGGCCAUUUUACCUUAUCUUUAACUCAACUGGACCCUUGGCUAAGCGCAAGGAGAAGAAUUUGUCUCACUUUAACCCAAAGACCUCCAUCUAUGAAGCCCGUCACUUUUGGGACAUCAUUAUAUCCGAUCUUGGUCUUGUCCUCAUGUUGGGUCUCUUGGUCUAUACCGCCAAAAUGACUUCUACCUGGGAGGUCAUUCGCUACUACGCUCUUCCUUACUCCUUCGUUAACUGCUGGCUUGUUUUGAUUACUUACUUGCAGCACACUGAUCCUGCUUUGCCCCAUUACUCUGCCAAGGUCUGGAACUUCCAACGUGGAGCUGCCCUCACUAUUGACCGCCCCUAUGGAUUUGGUAUCGACUAUUUCCAGCACCACAUUGCUGACUCUCACGUCGCUCACCAUUUCUUCUCCACCAUGCCCCACUACAAUGCUGUGAAAGCUACUCGCUAUAUUAAGAAAGCUUUGGGAUCUCAUUAUCACCAUGAUGAUACUUUCAUUCCCGUUGCAGCUUUCCGAGCUCAAUCCUUGUGCCGAUAUAUUGAAGACGAAGGCGAUGUUUUGUUUUUCAAGCACUAGGUACUUCACUCAGAUAGACUACAUCGCAUCUACCACCAUCUACACACUCCCUCCACACAUUAUACACAGAAAAUAAAACGCAUUCAUAAAAAAUUGAGA